AUGGAUGAUAAUGGUUUGGUAAUAGCUCUCAUUGCCCUUUCCAUUUGUGCAAUCUUUCACAUACUUUUGAACUAUAUUUCCCAUCGCAGGCAGCAAAAACUUCCUCCUGGUCCUCUUUCUCUGCCAUUUAUAGGCAAUCCCAUUUGGUUUUUCAAACCUCUGUCUCAACUUGAAACCACCCUUCGCCAUUACCAUUCCAAAUAUGGCCCAGUUGUGACCCUUCACUUUGGUAACACCCCUUCCAUUUUCAUAGCCAGCCACUCUGUUUCUCACCAUGCUUUGGUCCAAAACGGCGCCAUCUUCGCCGAUCGUUUCCCCGUCAUGGAAACAGUCAAAAUCAUUACUAGUAACCAGCAUAAUAUCAGCACUGCCUUCUACGGCCCCACAUGGCGUGCCCUCCGCCGUAACCUCACGUCUGAGCUUCUCCAUCCUUCUCGUUUGAAAGCUCAUUCGGGUUCUCGUAAAUGGACGUUGGAUGUUCUCGUUCAUCGCCUCCGCCUAACAUCGGCUGCCGAGCCUGUGAAGGUCAUAAAUCAUAUUCGUUAUGCUAUGUAUUGUUUAGCUACAGUUAUGUGUUUUGGGGAGAGAUUCGAUGAGAAGUUUAUCUAUGAAGUACAAGAAUCUCAACGUGGGAUUUUGUUGAAUAUCAAUAAAUUCAAUGAUCUUAAUUUCUGGCCAGCAAGAUUGGGGAAGAUUUUGUUCAAGAAACGAUGGGAUGAGAUUCGUCAGCUACGUAAACGGCAAGACGAUUUGUUGUUACCUUUGAUUAACAAUGCAAGAAAAAACAGAACAACAAUCAAAGAUAAUGAAGAAACUGGGAAACCAAUCCCUUAUGUUGAUACUCUAUUUGAUUUAGAAAUUGAGGAUAACAACAAUGAGAAGAAGAAGAGGAAAUUAGUAGACGAUGAACUCAUAACAUUAUGUUCCGAGUUUCUCGACGCGAUUACCGAUACAACGGUUGCAUCGUUGCAAUGGAUAAUGGCAAAUAUAGUGAAGUAUCCAGAGAUACAAGAGAAGUUGUACAAGGAGAUAAAAGAAGUGAUGGGAAACAAGAAGAAGGGUGAAGAAAUAGAAGAGGAAGAAUUGGGGAAGAUAACAUAUUUGAAAGCAGUAGUAAUGGAAGGACUACGAAGACAUCCCCCGGGGCAUAUGUUGUUGCCACAUAAGGUGACAGAGGAGAGUGUUUUGGAUCCAGGAGGAUACAGGGUGCCGAAAGGAACAUCGGUGAACUUUAUGGUAGCGGAUAUAGGUUGGGAUGAGAAAGUAUGGACAGAACCAAUGGCGUUCAAGCCGGAGAGAUUCUUGAACGAUAAAGUAGAGGGAGGGGUCGAGUUGGAAGUUGAUAUAACAGGGAGUAAGGAAAUAAAGAUGAUGCCAUUUGGGGCAGGGAGGAGAAUAUGCCCUGGCAUUGGAUUGGGGUUAUUGCAUUUGGAGUAUUUUGUUGGGAAUUUAGUGUGGAAUUUCAAGUGGAAUGCUGUAGGGGAAGUUGAUUUGUGUGAGAAGCAAGAAUCUGCCAUCAUUAUGAAAUAUCCAUUGCUUGCUUCUUUGUCGCCAAGAAGCUGA